UGCCGACAUGGUGCAGCCGGCUCUUGGAGGCAGCCGGCCUCCGAAUGGCUCGUUUCCUUCGAUGCCCACGGUCUUGCCCGCCUGUCCUAGCCCUGCGAGGCCCAGAUGCUCCCUCCCGGCAGCUCCAAAAGUCCUACCGUCGUCAUGGCUGGCCAGAGUGACUCUUCCUGCUUGUCCAUAGUUAUAACCAUGCCACGGGUGGCGAUCUUGCAUGGACCACUAGUCUUCCGUUCCUGUUAGUCGCCGUCGUCCUUGACACCUCCGGCACCCACCAAGCCUCGUCCUCGUAGACGCAAUGAACGCCAAAAAGUCCGAAAUGUUUGCCCCAGGCAGGCGGGACUCGAUCGACUCGGACUUUCACGAACGCGAACCGUCGCUUAGGCCACAGUCGACCAACACCUCCACCGACUCACAGUCGUGGCCUUCAAGUCCCAGCAUGUCGCGAAGAGAGAUGCCCGGGCGUAGUGAACCACAAUCUUGCGUGGCCCGGUCACCGGUAACGGAGGACUGUGCGACUCAGCAGUUUUUAGUCUGGGCAGCCAUAAAGCGCAACCGAUCCGUCAGAAUGGCUGCCAACGAUCGGCUCAAGUGCCCUCUUGUGCGCUGUGGCGAGCGGUUCGACGAGCACGAGACGAUGCUCAGGCAUCUCGCAAAAUGCCAGCACCUCAAGACUGGCGAAUACCUUUGCUACGAGUGCAUGCAGGUCGAGCGGUUCAACGACGGCAGCCGCAGGUGUUGCUCAACUCAGCCAAGCAAGAGGAGGAAGAUUGUGAAGCUUGCGAAGAACUUCUUCUCGAAUAUUGGCAACAAAGCCCGGCGCGCCGACGCAAAUGUGAUGGAUCAGGAUGACAGCACUACGCCGCCGCCAGCCUACGACGAGAUGGUGCAUAUGAACAUCACAGAGUCGGAUGUUGAUCAACCGAAUCCUCAACUAGAGCUCAAUGGCAACGAGAUACUCGAGUUGGAUGCAGAGGUAGUACAUCAGUUGGAUCCUGUCAACUACGUUGGGGACGUGGGGCAUCAAUCAAGACAGUCCUUAUCAGAAGCGCAAGGUAGAACAGCCUUGUCCCAUCAUCAUGUGCCGGUCGACACAAACACCCAACAACAGUGCAGUUCGUUGUCGACGUACGGGGGACAGCAUCGACCUGUGGCGCAGAGCCCUGCCCCUUACUCGCCGUCCGGUUUCCGGCGCCCAUCGCUGGCUCUGAACACUGAGGUCGACCAGUACAGAAAACUCGCACAUGGCAAGUAUCUUACACCCAGCUCGUCAGUUCGAUCACAACAGAGCUCGCAACAGAGUGCGCAUGGUGUAUCACCUAUCACUCCAUGGAGUGCGAGCUCACGAGCGUCAGGGGUGAGCGCGGAUUCGUGGGCGAUGGCCUCAGGAAUCAACACGCAUAUGACUUCCCCCACCAGUCCCAUAAGCCCUCUCGGCAACGAUGCCGGCAUGACCAACGUCUUUCACGCAAUCAAGCCGCAGUCCUUCAGCUCCUGCCCUGGAAAUGCUGCAGCUACUUACUCUGAGAAGGGGCGGUCGAAGCAGCCUGCCGAUUACAGUCAGCCUGAUCCGAUGGCUUCAAACAUUUCGGAUCACGUUCUCUUUCCGUCAACACAGGAGAGAGAGACCUACUCUUGGCUGUCUUCUGUCAAUACCGAACUUUCUUUAGGAACCUCGGUCAAUGUUAUGUUCUCGAACGACCACACCACAUUUUCGGCCGACUACCCGGCUUAUGCAGAGACAACGCCAGCUACAGACGCAGGCCGGCUUUUGGUGGACUCUGUAUGGGAGGCGCUACGUCAGCACGUCGAGAGCUCCUUCUCGAAAGUGGUUGAGCUGGGCAGCAACCCAUUAUCCCUGCGGCUACGGCAGGAAUCGGCAAUAUCUAUAGCCACGAAAGGGUUUGAGAGUUUGCGCAGCAUCUUGAAUGGGAGAGACCCUUCAGAUCCGCUCGACUAUCUAUGUUUCGUGCAUCUUGUGUAUGCAUUUUCUCUCGUCCUCCAUGAGGACGAUCUCGUGCAGAGAUCGGAGAUGCUCUUCAAGCAGGCCCUGGCCUAUAGGGGCUUCUUGAACUCGGACUGGUCCGGCUUUUAUUGUGAGUUGGUCACUCGAAUAUGGGACCCAAACGUACAUACGGCACGUCAGGCGGGUGGUAUGCUCUCUCCUCACCAGAGACUGAGCGGCAGAGUCACAAGUGGCCAGUUCCGCACGACGCCAGCCACAACCGUGGACAAGGACGCACUCGCGACAGUUUCACAGGAUUUCCUGGACGAAUUCGAAAGCCUAGUGCUCAACAGCAAAAGUAUGAAGCCUGCCGACAUUCUCGCGUCCGCGCUAUGGUCUACUCAUAUGGAAGACCUGCACACGGACCCCAGGUCCAAUCAGCCAUUUGUGGCUAGCGCAAACUACAUCAUCAAUGUUCUUAGCCAGAGCUUCCGUGAUAGUCCUGGCCUGACACAGCGUCUCCGAGUUGUCGCGCAGCGAGUACGCGAUCAGGCCGUAUCUACAGUGAGAAGGCUGGAGAUGGAGUUGAUGCAGGCUGGCAAGGUUGUUCUAGAGAAGUCUGUCUUCUUCGACAAAUAUGUGCCACAAGUCCGACGGCAGUGUACCAGCCUAUAUCCAAAACAUAGUAACAAUCCCAGAGUCAGAUAUCACACGUUGGCCGCCUCGUUCGCCGAGCAGUUACUACAAAGCGCGGCGAGAGACAAUACAAUGCCGCAACACACCCAAGCUGCAGGUAUACCCAGCAUAUCAAUGAGCUUGACGGAGUCACUGGACGCUUUCUUUCCAUUGUCGAUGAACGACCCCUUCGAAGUGCCCGAAGGCAUUGAGAACUUUCUGCAGCCAUCCGCGGCCCAGGGACCUCACCAAUAUCACCAACCCGAUCCUGCUACUCCCAUGCCGCUUGGCCUUCCCGGCCAGCACAUGAACAUGGUCUCAUUAAAUGCCAACAUCGAGACGCCUUUUCCUGCCAGCUUUCCCAACGCCGGGGUGUCGACACCCCGCCUCAUGACCGCUAGCCAUUCCCCAGCCAAUAUAUCGCCUGCUGAGCCAUCCGAGGUGCGCGCACCGGGACGCACGAACGGAACCCCGUUAAAGAUGCGACAGGAACAACCAGCAUCCAAAAAGGCUCGCAUCACCUAUGGCACGAGAGAUGUUGCCCCCAAGGACGAUGCUGCACAGGCAUCGACUGCAUCGCCAGCGGCAGUUCCGUCGACACCACAGGUCGAGGCAAACAGCUGCUGCGAGAUCUGCGGUUAUAGACCCAAGGGAGACCCACAGUGGUUCAAGGGCAGCAUGGCCAAGCAUAAGAAGCUGCAGCACUCGAAUGAGCCCCCAACCAUCUAUCGGUGUCCGUUCCCUGGGUGUACAAGUGCGUACAAGAACCGCCAGGACAACCUCCGUCAGCACCAGAUCGAAAAGAACCAUUUCGUCGAUGAACAGGGGCAGCAGAGGCGCCCCAACAAGCGAAAGAGAGCUUCUUGACAGCGUAGUGUCGUAGGCAAUUUGGUUGCGUGGACGACAGUUUUUGGUCUCCGACACUGC